AUGACCACGGCGACGACGACGAUGAGAACAACGCGUGGUGAUACGCAUCAUCAUCCUCGACGUCGUCGUCGUCAUCGUAAAAGUCAUCAUCAUCACUCUCAAGACGAUACGACAGUUAGGGGUGCCGGACAAGUCAAAAGAAAAGACGUCUUCAUUGCGUACGCGUGCGCGUCGUACACCAUCUGGGUUCUCAUCUCCACGGUCGCGUGGAUAUCGCACUUAGGAUACCGAGUUCCCUGGUUGCAACCACUGAUUGCGGCGAAAGGGUACCCGAGUAACAGGAGUUGUCCAGAGGGGAAAAUUUGGGAGUUUUUCAAGGAAAACGUGCCCACUGCUUUGGUGUUUGUCUUGCCGCACUCGCUCUUAACGCCGAAACGAUUACGAACAAUAUUCGGUCGACACGGAAGAUUAUUAUACAACGGCAUGGCUGCGGUGACGUUGCAUAUGUUUUUACUCACGUUUAAACCGUUGAAGAGUCCAGUGCUGAUGGAACUGCCCAUCAAAAAAGAGAUUCAUAACUUUACGUCGAUAUCGAUGUUGCUCUGCGCGGCGUACGCGUUUUGCCGAGCGCCGGAGACGUACGACAUGCUCGGGGUGAAUUCGUCUUUAUCGAGAGGUGGGCCGAGAGCGCCGGCGAACAUGGACGCGAUUACGUGGAUGGGCGUGUGCGCGUGGAGGAAAGGAGGCGUGUGGGGGUUCAUAGCGUUUACUGGAUUGUCUAUAUUACCGCAAACGUUGACUUUAGGGGAUGUACUUUCCCGAGGCGUCGCCGCGACGUACUUGCGUUUACGGUCGAGAUCGUUUCGAAGAUGGGUUGGGUCUAUUCCAGGUGCGCACCACGCGACGUGGAUUUUACGAGCGACGUUGUUAACUUUAGCGUUAUUCACCGCGUGGAGACUCGGUGAAAUUAGCGGUCGAAACGCGUGCGUUAUUGAAUCUUUGGCGACGAGCUUAGCUUUGAUUUUAACCGCCGCGGAGAAAGAAAGAGACCGAAGACAAAGAUUGGCCAACGCGAAAAAAGAAUUCUUAGGCGUCGAGAAGCAGAAGGAAGUGGAGAAGACCACCGGUAGCAGAAAUAGCAGCAGUAGUAGUCACCAUCAUCAUCACCGUCAUCAUCACAGCGGAAACGUGGGGGUCCAUCAUCGAUAUUCCCACCAUAUUGCCAAACGGGUGCAACAACAACAACAACGCGGAGAGAGAGUCUCCGAAGGAGGGGCUCCGCAGGCAGCGCAAAGGACCAGUAAGCCGCACGCUGCCGCACCGGCGUCCGCAGCGAGCGAGUGA